AUGGGGUAUAAAAAGUGCAGAAAUUUUGAAUGGAAUGAAGAAGAGGGCAGACUCAAGAAGGUAAAAAUUUUUAGUAAAGAACCAAAAGAAAAGGAAGAAAGGGAGGAAAAAUGGAAAAAAAACAAGGCAAAGGAAAAGGAUGCAGAUAGUGAAAUCGGAAAAAGGGAAGCUGGUACAAAAUUAGGAGAAAAAAGGGUGAAGAGACAUGGGUACAAAGAGAAAACUGUGAAAAAUUUGAAGAGACAUACCAGAAGAAUAUGUGUGAGAGUGUCAAGAGGCGAGAAAGGAAAAGAAAAAAGGGAGAGCAAGCGGGGGAAGAAUAGUAAUGGAAAUUCGAAAAGAAAUGCAAGAAUUGGACUAAAGAAGAAAGUAAUACAGCUGGUUAACAAUCGACGGGAAACAAUAGUCGUUUAUAGCAAGAAAAUGGAGGAAACCAAGAUAAACAUAGCAAAGGAAACAAAAGAAAAAGGAGAUGAAAAAUACUUAAGGAGGGGAUUUGAACGCAAGAUUGGGCGACAAGGGGCCAAAAUAAUAGAUAAAGAAAAGAGAGACAAAAUAGGAUCAAAAGACAAAGCAAAUAAAAAGAAGGAAAAUAUUGUGGAAGAUAAUAGAAGAAAUGGGAAGGGGAAGUUUGAAUAUAAACAAUGGAGAAGAUGA